AGCAUAUCGCCUGCAGCUCAGGAGCUACUUUCAUAAAACUUUUGCAGAAACUUUGUCCUUAAUGUGCAACUUUGGCCCUUAGAAUGUGGAAUUGAAGAUUUGUACCGUCAGUAAGUUGAGCACCAGAUAAAUUUGCGAAAAGUGUGAGAAUCAUGGCUGUAUUAGGAGCUCAGCUCGUCUUCAGUAUGAUCGUCUUCAGCUUCCUACAGAAGCUAUCUGGGUAUUAUUCUUUUGGGCGCUGGCUAUUGUGUGAUCGCCUUGUGCGAUAUCUACACCCUACAGACAAAGAACUUCGUGAACUCCUUGGGCCACCAGCAACAAGUCAUGGUGGACGAGGAAAAACAAAAAAAGGUGGAGACAGAUAUGGGGCAAAUGGCAAGUCAGAAAGUUUUAACCUGCCUAGAAACAUUCCGAUUCAGUUGGAAAUGGCUAAAGUAGAUGCCAUUGAUUUGUUACCAUUGCAGUUUUAUUCAGAGUUCCAGUGGCUGAUGGAUUACUCUGUGAGUGCUUUCAUAGUUUACCUGCUAACAGAGGGCUAUUAUGGCAUAGGUGAGCCAAAGACAGAAUUCAAUGUUAGCGUUCUGUGGUGCCUGUUAGCUAUAGGAUUCUCAUUAAGACUGCUCAUGGCUCAACUGGCCAUGUACUUCAGGACUGAAGAAGGAGGAGAAAGAAUUCUUUGCCUGACUUUCGGCUUUUUCUACCUGGUUGCAGCUAUGGGUAUUCUUGUCGUGGACAAUGAAAUUUUGGAAUUUGGACUUGAGGAUGGGUACAAAAAUUUUUCUGAUAGUGCCAUGAUAAUGCUGUCUAAGCAAGGACUGGAUUCCCACGGUCCAGUGAGCUAUUUAACUUUUAAGAUAAUUCUUGCUUUCCUUUGUGCCUUUAUUGGAGCACUGAUGACUUUCCCUGGCUUACGACUAGCCAAGACGCACCUGGAUACAUUAAAAUAUGCUAAGGGUAACCCAAUGAAGCAGGCAUUCAUCCACACGGCCUUUGUCUUACCAUUAAUCUACUUACUAAUGUGGGUCAAACCGAUAGGAAGAGACCUGAUAUGCGGCAAACACUGGCAGGCCAAAGAAAUCCUGGAGGAACCUGUGUUUGAGAUUUUGCGUAUGUUGGUUGCCCUGGCCAUAUGCAUCAUCCGAAUUUCUUUGCUAGCCCCAAAUCUGCAGGCUUAUCUCAACUUAGCAUAUGAACGAGUGGAAAAGAUGAAGAAAGAAAGUGGCAAAAUCACAAACAUAGAACUACAGAGGAUGGUGGCCAGAGUAUUUUACUAUUUGUGUGUUGUGGCCAUACAAUACGUUGCCCCACUGAUUUUGUUCUUUUUUGUCACCGUUCUGCUAAAGACUUUAGGUGGGUAUCACUGGGUAAGCCUAGUUGGCAUAGAUGUCAAGACCCACUCUCCAGUUAAUGUAGCCCCACUGUCUGGCAGUCAGAAUGGCACAGAUGAGGAAGGCAUUGUGGCAACUGCUGCACACUUCAGCUGGGCACUGGCAAACAUAAGAAGUGUCUUCACCCCUGUCUGGUACAGUGGACUGCUCUCUUUUUUCAGCUGGUGGAUAUGUGCUAGCUGGUUCACUUCCACAGUUUUAGGGGUGCUGUACUAUUCUCGAAUUGCAGAUGCUUAGUGAAUGAAGGCUGUGGUUUGCUAGAUGUUUAUGUGUGUACAAUCAUUUGAGACUGCUGCGUUGUAUUUAUUGCAUCCAGACUGAAAACUGAUUGCGUGCACAUGUAUGUUUGUGUGUGUGUGAACAUUUCAGGAACACUCUGUGUCUAAAAGAUCAUAUUGAUGUGAAGAUUUUGACAUCGAUAUUUGCAUCUUUCAAAUGAAUUUUCUGUAUUAAUAGUUUUUAGAUUUUCAAGUUCACAGGGAAUAGUUUACUAUUUUACCAGCUGUUGACAUUAUUUUAACUUUUGACUUCUUAAGCUGUUAGUCACCCUCAGAGGCUGCACGUCCAAAUUAUUAUGUUAACAGGAAUUGCAGUUUGAAUGACAACAUGGCAGACCUAAUUAAUGGUGCUAACUAAACCUAAAGCUCUAAUGUGUUGGCUUUCAUGCAAUGACUGUUCUUAAUAUUGUCCAGUUUUUAUAC